UUAAUUUUUUGAUAGAGGUUCACAUAAAAUAAAAGCCCCCCCAUCCCCCCCCCCGUGUCACAUUAGAUCAUCUCGUUGCAGUAAAUGCAGUCUAGUGUUAUGUCAGCAGAGACUUUAAAGAAUAAAAAGUGAGUUUUACCGUUUGUGGUGCCUCUCAAACAGAAAUGUGUUCAUCUAACCAAAUUAAAGUUAGAACUAUUAAAGUGACCCUUACCAUAUUAAGGCGUAAAAUCCUUAAUUAAAUAAUGAGAAAAUCCACCUUAGAAUUCGGUGCUCCUAAAUUCUGGUUGUGCUUACUGACCUUAAGUUAAGCUGUGGAAAAAAAGACGAUGGUUCAGUUCUACACGGCCAUCAUAGAGUCCACCAUCACCUCCUCCAUCACCGUGUGGGACGCUGGAGCCACAGCCAGGGACAUCAACAGACUGCAGCGUAGUGUGCGCUCAGCUGAGAAGGUGAUUGGCUGCAGCCUUCCAUCUGUCCAGGACCUCUACGUCUCCAGAACUCGGGGACGUGCAGGCCGGAUAGCAGCCGACCCGUCUCACCCUGGACAUGGUCUACUGGAGCCACUCCCUUCAGGCAGGAGGUUAAGGUCCAUCAGGACCAGAACCUCACGACACACGAACAGUUUCUUUCCCUCUGCAGUCAGACUCAUCAACACUUUUUAACUCCUCCCCCUUCAAACCUUUUCACCUGUAAGUCCAGUCACCUGUCCUCUUCCUGGACCUCCUUCAUCCUCAGUUUGCACCGUUUAUUUCUAUUUAUUGUUCUGACCAUUGUGUCCUUUUCUUAUUUUGCUUAGGGUUCAUUUUUUCUAUUCUUAAGUGUUUUAUGUCACAUUAGCACCGCAGCAAACUCCUAUUCUGUGAAUCUGCUCUGUUCACUGAAAAUAACAAUAAAUACUCCUAGAAUCCUUAAGUUGAAUUUCUGUGAUCCACGACACUCAGAAAUCUGUCAAAAGUGUUUCAGUUUGUUAAACCACGAAGACAAACUGAUGAACUUUUGGAGCUUUACAGGUACUAUGUGCUCAGAAGCCUGGCAGCGUAAUACGUUUGAACUGGAUUCAAUGAAAAACGUUUUCAUUUGAACCAGGGAGCCGCUGCAGAGAGGUGAAAGACGCCAUGCGGCUGUGGAGCCUCAGGCUGCAGGCCCCUGACUUAGGGUCAAGUACAUCGCUUCAAAUAUCUGGGGGUCCACCUCAGCCAGGACCCCACCUGGACACUGAACACGUCACAGCUGGUGAAGAAAGCUCAUCAGCGGCUGUACUUUCUGAGGAGGUUCUGCAUCCCCAAAGAUCCUCAGCAGCUUCUCCAGCUGCAUGGUUGAGUCCAUCCUGCCCAGCUGCAUCACAGUGUGGUACGGCUGUUCUACCGCCACGGACCGCCAACGCCUGCAGAGAGCGGUGAAGACUGCGUCCAAGAUCACCAGGACUCCUCUCCCCUCGCUGCAGAGCAUCUACAAACGCAGGGUCUGCAGGAGAGCUGACCCCACCCACCCGCAACCAGGUCUGUUCUCUCUCCUCCCCUCAGGACGGAGGUGCAGGACUGUGAAGUUCAGGACCACCAGACUCAGAAACUCUCUUUCCCUCUGCCAUCAGACUCCUGAACAGCUGACAGGAGUCUGGAACAACAAACUGCACCUUUGCACAUCCUCAUUGUUGCUACUGUUAUCACUUUUUGCACAUUUAGAAUUGCCACUCGACAUCUUGUGUUUUGUGUGUAUGUUGCGUGUGAAUUGUUUCAGUUUCCUGUAUACUUUUUGGCAUUCAGAGCAGACAGCAAAGAAAGAAUUUCAUUGUGCAGGAAACCCGUUUCUUUACUGUGCAUAUGAUAAUAAACCCUUUGAAUCUCUGUCAUGUAGACCAGGAAAACAUUCAAAGGAGGACAAAUCCAAACUGGGAAAAAUUAGAGACAUACCGGCUGAUUGUUCAUUUCUGGCAGUCUGGUGAGAAAGAAAGGAGAACAAGACAAAGAGGUUAAAGGUCAACUCACAUGAGUGAGUGGUCUAAAAGCUUCGCUCUUAAAAAGUUCUUCAAAACUUUGAUGCAUCGAUUUGUGGAAAAGACGUGAACUGUCUCCUCAUUGAAAGGCCGAACAGAAGCGCAGCCGCGUGCGUUCGCGCGUGCCAGUGGCUCCUCCUCCGGGCUGGGUCCAAAGCGUGCACUCAGACGCGUCUAAUCCUCUUUUGAUGGACCCCCCGCCGCUCUGUUCAUUAAGCAGCACACGACCUCCUCCACGCCCCCGGAGCACGCCACGCGCGUGCGUGCGUGCGUCACUCUCCUCCAUAAAUGUCCCCCUGAGGCGUGGAGCUGGAGGAGUCUUCUGCGCCUCGGAGCAGCCAUGCCGCCGCGUAAAACCCUCUUGGUCCCGCUGGAGUCGCAGGGGGGGCUGUGCCCCGCGGACAUCCACGCGCUGCUGCAGCGGAGCCCGACCCCGGCGAGCAGCGGCCCGGAGAGCGACUGCAGCGACAGUCCGUGCGUGGUGGAGCUGCGCGUGUGCCCCUCCGGCGGCGCGCUGAGGCUCAUCACGCAGCCGGACCAGUGCGCCCUGGAGCGGGCGCAGCGGCGGCGGCGGCGGCUGGCCGCGAACGCGCGCGAGAGGAGGCGGAUGCUGGGUCUGAACGUGGCCUUCGACCGGCUGCGGAGCGUCAUCCCGCACCUGCAGAGGAAGCUGUCCAAGGCGGAGACGCUGCAGAUGGCGCAGAUCUACAUCAGCACGCUCAGCGAGCUGCUGCACGACGGCGCGCGCGCGCCCCAGGAGCACGCGGGGGACCAAAGCGACGCUUGAAGGCCUGCUUGUUCUUCAAAAGGACUUUCCAUCUUUCUACGAACACACAAGGGGCGGGGCUACUAAAAGUAUGAAGCUUUAUUCUUUGAAGACUGUACAGGUGAGACACACGCCCUGAAAUCAGUACAAAGGUGCAGCUAUCCUCCGUGCACAACAAGCACGCGCUUA